AUGAAGGAUGGUGCCCUAAACUUGGCCUUUUAUAGGAUCUCAGAUUGUUGUUUAAUGGGGUUGUCACUCAGGAUACUUACUGGCUUUCUCCAGCGUUCUUAAAAGAUUGAAUGGAGCAUGAUGAGGUGCAUCCCCUUGAUUAAAUGUUUUUCCUCCUAUGCAAUCACCAUUAGCUGUUUGGCUCCCAUUCCGUAUUCUUUUGAAUCAGCCCUGCAUAGCAAAUCAAUAUCUUUCUGAAGAGACAGUGUGUUGUGAAUUGCCUGGACAGCAUAUACACAGUUACUUUGGCUGCAAUGCUGCUGCAGAGCCCGGUUACUCUGCCUUCCUGGGAACUCCACAGGCAAGUCCAUCGUGUUUGGAGGAAAAAAAUCAGAUUUCUUUGGGGAAAAAAAAUCGAACUCUUAAAGCUAUUGAUACUAUAUGUUAGCAUGUCCUUUGUGUUCUGCUGAACCAUUUUUGGUCUUAUUCCACAGAGAUUAGCUUCUCUUAGGUGAUUUCAGGGAUUUUUUUUUUUUUUUUUUUUUUUUUGCUUUGCUUCCCCCUCUGUUGGUUGUAGUACGGCCGUACCAUUUCAGCUUGCUAGUGCAGAAAGAUGUGAAUUCAGUUGCUGUAUGAGCCUGGCCUGGUGCAAACACAUUGCUAGAGACAUGUUAAAGAGUUCCAGGUGAAUCAAGCCUGAGAGAGACAACAGCAAAACGAUAUGUGUCACAAAGAUGUCUACACGGAACUGCCAGGGAAUGGACUCAGUGAUCAAACCCCUGGACACAAUUCCUGAGGAUAAAAAAGUCAGAGUUCAGAGGACACAGAGCACUUUUGACCCAUUUGAGAAACCAGCUAAUCAAGUAAAGAGGGUGCAUUCUGAGAACAAUGCUUGCAUUAACUUUAAGACCUCCUCUGCUGGCAAAGAGUCUCCUAAAGUUAGGCGGCACUCCAGCCCCAGCUCGCCAACAAGUCCCAAAUUUGGAAAAGCUGACUCAUACGAAAAACUGGAAAAGCUAGGGGAAGGAUCUUAUGCUACGGUAUACAAAGGGAAAAGCAAGGUAAAUGGGAAGUUGGUAGCCCUGAAGGUGAUCAGGCUGCAAGAAGAAGAAGGUACACCUUUCACAGCUAUCAGGGAAGCUUCUCUGUUAAAAGGACUAAAACAUGCUAACAUAGUGCUACUUCAUGACAUCAUUCAUACCAAGGAGACGUUGACACUUGUGUUUGAAUAUGUGCACACUGAUUUAUGUCAGUACAUGGACAAGCACCCUGGGGGGCUGCAUCCAGAUAAUGUGAAGUUGUUUUUAUUUCAGUUGCUGCGAGGGCUGUCUUACAUCCACCAGCGUUAUAUUUUGCACAGAGACCUGAAACCACAGAACCUUCUGAUCAGUGACACGGGGGAGUUAAAGCUGGCAGAUUUCGGUCUUGCAAGAGCAAAAUCCGUCCCUAGCCACACAUACUCCAACGAAGUGGUUACCUUGUGGUACAGACCUCCAGAUGUCCUCCUAGGCUCGACAGAAUAUUCCACCUGCCUUGACAUGUGGGGAGUCGGCUGCAUCUUUGUUGAGAUGAUCCAAGGAGUUGCUGCUUUUCCAGGAAUGAAAGACAUUCAGGAUCAACUCGAACGAAUAUUUCUUGUUCUUGGAACGCCAAAUGAGGACACAUGGCCUGGAGUUCAUUCCCUACCACAUUUUAAGCCAGAACGCUUUACCCUGUACAGCUCUAAAAACCUUAGACAAGCAUGGAAUAAGCUCAGCUAUGUGAAUCACGCAGAGGAUCUGGCCUCCAAGCUCCUACAGUGUUCCCCAAAGAACAGACUGUCUGCACAGGCUGCCUUGAGCCACGAGUAUUUUAGUGACCUGCCCCCACGGCUAUGGGAACUGACCGACAUGUCUUCUAUUUUUACCGUCCCAAAUGUGAGAUUGCAACCAGAAACUGGAGAAAGCAUGCGGGCCUUUGGGAAAAACAAUAGUUACGGCAAAAGUCUAUCAAACAGCAAGCACUGACGAGCACAACAUUCACAAGAGAGCACAGGAUGAAGUUUUCAUCAUUCUGGAAAGGGAAAAAAAAAGCAAACAUUAAUGAAGUGGCCAAUAAUAUGAAGGGAAUCAUGGAUCAGUUUCCUUUCGCUCCCUGUGGUGGAUUUCACUUACAAGAAAAUUGAAGCUGGCAAGACCCUGUUUUCUCUGCAAUUUAUUUAAAACCUUGCACGCAUUUGGAUACCUUGUGAUUUCCAAGAACUAUGUGAAGAUUAAGCUUUGCUUACUGAUACAUGGCAUGUAUUCUUUUCAGUCUUUUGUGUUUGAUUUUGUUUGAUUUCCCUCUGCAGCGCAGCGUCUCUGUAAAGGUUUUUAUGCUUUCACCAGCCAUGUCUUAAAUACAUUAAGACAACACAUUUGGUGUUCACACUUCUUCAGUAAUGUCUGUACUUGAAAGCCACACAGUGGCAUAAAACAAUGUGUGUUUUCUUUGAGAGCAGUGCACAUUUUGCAACCACCAGGAAGGAAACUUUUUGCUAAAGCAAGCCCCUGUCCUCUGACUUGACAGCUUGGUCCCUGAUGGCAGGGGGGCCCCCACCUGUUGCUUACCUUUUGAGGACAUUUGCAAAUGUGGGGUUUUUUUCUUGGAAACAACCGCACUCAUAUAGGAUAUUGGAUCUGCUUAGCAUUUUCAGGCCACAUAGCAUGGCUGUUUUUUGAAUAGGUUGAAAGUGAAGAAACAAAUAUCAGACAUUAAGAACAAAGACAGGGAUAAAUUGCUUACUUUUCAACCUCUGGAAAUGGAGGUAACUUUUUACAUGUAGUCUGGGUCUUGUCAACAUCUUAUUUUUUUUUUUUCCAUCCACUCUGUUUCACUUUGUAGUUUCUAAGUGGAGAAAGUGAGGAACAGAAUGUUUCAAACUUGGGUGCAAAAGAAUCAUAUCUGUUGGAUGAGCCCUGAAAGCAACCUUGGCUUGAUCCAGUUGAAAGUUUGCUCACUCACAACAAAAGCACCUUCAGAAAAAUUACAUUUUUUUAGAAAAUUCCAAGCUGAUUGGAAGACAUCAUUGGAUUCCUUAAAGAGUCUCCUGGAAUAGCUGUUCAAAUGCAGGUUUUAGAAACAAUGCAAGAAUCUUGCUUUAAAGAUGGAAAAAGGAAACUCCUUGUUUAAGGAGUUGAGGGGCCUUGGAGGAUGAAGGUGAGCAUGUGACAUUGGGGAAAAGUGGCCGGGCCAUGCACCCAUGCACCGUGCUUUGUGCUGGAGGGAGAGCAGCCUGGGGCAGGCCCGCUCACAGGGGGGCAGGCCUCGCUGCAGAAUCCCCUGUAACACUGCGGCCAAGGGGCAGUUAGGAAAUUUCAUCUAAAGCAUGAAACCUAGCUCCUCUGGACACAAAUUCCUAUGGAAAUACCUUUGUGUACAUUGUUUUACAUUUUCCUUAUUAGUCAGAAAGGAGAGACUAAGAGCUUGACAUGUGUCACACUUUUUUAGGAUCAAGACCAGGAAUUAUGUGCCAGUUUGACAAGGACUUUCUCUGAGAGUAGGGUGAGAGAAAAACUUUUCUGUAGGCAAACCCAAUACACCUAGGAAAUUGGGCCCAGAAUUCCUAAACUUUAAAAUGGUACUAUCUCUGGAGGGAGGUGUGAGUAGAUAUGUCAAGGUCAUAAUUCAUCCUAUCCAAAUGUAGUGUUCCUUGUAAAUUUAUAAGUGCUAAAUAAGCAAGGAGUUCCUUACUGAUUGAUUUUAAAGAGAGCAAAAGCCACCCAAGGUUAGAAUGUUUACUGUUUGCUACCUAGAAAUCUUUUUCAUUCCUCUUUCAUACAUUCCAACCCACUGGAACUUUUUAGAGGUAUUUUGAUUUAAAGUAUACUUAAAUUAGGAUUUCUUAAAGUAAAUGUAGGGGGAAACCUUUACAUGCUAUCAAAAAUGGACUUCCCGGUGAUUUAUUUUGAAUCAUUCAUUUGGGGGGGAAGGCAUGACUUUUGUAUUUCACUAAGUUUAAAUCAAGAGCAACUAAUUAAAUCUUGCUAUUUAAUAAGGUUUCUAACUUGAAAAUUUGCAAAUAUUUAAUGUUGAAAGACCUCAAUUAGGGCUAUUAGAGAUAUAUGUCCCUUUUACAGGCAGCUUCUCUUGGGAAGUGAAAUAUAAUGGUACUCAGUUGGGGGGAGAAAUCUGUUUUAUUACAGAGAAAUACUUCUCAGAAGGUUAGGAGGUUUUGAGUUCCCCGUCUUUGCCAUCCAUACAAGAUCCAAGGUUUGUUUCUCUCUCUCUCUCUCUCUCUCUCUCUCUCUCUCUCUCUCUCUCUCUCUCUCUCUCUCUCUCUCUCUCCUUCUCCAUAUAUAUAUAAAAUCUUUAUCUCUCCCCUCUUUCCUCUCCUAUUUGCAAGCACAUUUUCCCUCCCCUUCUUUUUCUCUCCUACCCUCUCUGAGGGCAGUCAUGAAAAUCCAUACAUUCUGUAUUCAUUAGCAGAUUUAUUCUAUUGAGAAAGCACUGGAAUGUUUUGUGAGAUUAUUUUUAUAUGAAGGAAUAGCUUGAAUUCAAACAGCUGGCAAGAAUAGUACGAAUAACUUAACAAGGUGAUUGUAUCAACAGGACAUCACUGCACACAGUAUUCUGAAAGGAGAUUUGAGAUUUAAUUUUCAUUUUCUUAAAAGAACAGUUUGGUUGACUUAAAAAUACAACAUAUAUAGGACAUAAAAAACGUUUGCGGCACUCAGCAGAAAAUAGGGGACAGAAAGCAGGAGUGGCUGUCCAUCCACUGAUGCAAGGGUGAGAAGCUAUUUCUACCUCCCAAGAGUGAUUAGAAAAGUUUCUAGGGGAGCCUCCGGGCUUGCAGGGAAAGCAAGGCCUCUUGGUAUCCUUUCCUCAGAGUGUAUAUGACAGCCAAUAUAAUCAAUACCCUAGGUUAUGCAUCUAUAUAAGAUACUCAUCUGUGAAUAUUAUUGGUUUUGUAAUCUUUGUUAUAUAAGAGGAUGUUCAGGCUGUACAUACUGGGGUAGAUUAUUGCCUGCCUCCUAUACAUAGGAAUAUGCUGCAUAACUGCACAUAACUUCCAUCUCCUUUACUGGCUUGUAGGCAGAGAAAACUAUAUAUGUUACUGCCUUGUAAUUUUCUCAUACACCAAAAAAAGAAGUAAAAUAAAAUUUUAAAAACACUUCAAUAAAAUAAGCAAUCUCCUAUGCUCAUUCCUUUUCUCAUAGCAGCAUAUUUUAGAGACAUAUACAAAAUCUACAUUCUCUAGCUGGGAGUGGAUUUUUUAUCUUUUUUUUUUUUCUUUUUUCAUAUGAUGCACUGAGAUGUGUACUUUCUAACAGGGGGUUGGUACCUAAGAAACGUGCUAGCAUCAUUCAGAAAACUAUUAUACUUCAAAAUGAGAUAUAGCAAGGAGAAUGGAAUAAUACAUGUUGCAUAUUUGUUACCCAUUGUAAUUUGUCUGUAUUAUGAAAGAUGUAAUGGUUUGUCAGCUGUCACUGUUGUUUUCUUGUAACAUGAUAUGGAAUAAAGUAUAGCAGAAUCUCC